AUGGAUCAACAAGAAAUUUCCAUCACGGAUCUCAUGGACCAGCUGGCAACGGUCAAGAUCACAACCUUUAAGGCUGUGACCGGCCUCUUCUUUGCUUUAUCUAUUCUCUCCGUCAUAGGCAGGAUUGGAAUACGGGUCUACGCCAGAAAAAUGCCCUCCACCGAUGACUACUUCGUAUUCUUUGGGAUCGUCUCUCUUACCGCCGCCACUGGAGUACUCUAUGCCAACUUGAACAACAUGUAUAUCAUCCAAGUACUCUAUGUGGACCCUACAAUUGCCUUCAAAGUUCAGAGCGACGACCUCAUGAAGGCCAUCUCAAACUUCAUGACGUACCAGCACACAAGCCUGGCUCUCAUGUGGACAGCCACGUUUGCGGUCAAAUUCUCCUUUUUGGCAUUCUUUUGGCGGUUGAUUCAGUCGGUUGAUAAUAUUCGGAAGUAUUACUGGUUUGUAGUGGGAACCACCUUUGCCUCGUGGCUUUUCGUUUGUUUCGAGCCCUUUAUUCUGUGCUCGAAGUUCGGCCUCGAAUCAGUUGUGAGCAUUCCGAUCCUAGUCCUGCGUCAAGCGAAGAUGAAGACUCGGCAAAAGGCUGCUGUUGGGUCUUUCUUGUGCCUCUCUCUCGUCAUGAUCGCAUUGGCAAUUGCGCGAGCCUCCAAGAUGCGAGGCAUCAUAGCCACGGACAUUCCUUAUGAGCUUUUCUUGCAGUACCUCGAGGCCGCCGUCGCUAUUCUCAUGGGUUCGUUGACGGCGUACCGCACGUUUUUCGUCACCCAGAGAGAGCGCACGAAGUACCAAGAGCGAAUGAAGAAGCCUUCGUACUCAUUCAAGCACUUCCCCUUCCGAAGGCGGGCGCAUGACGAGGUGACGCGUGACGAGGAAGGCGGGCUCCCUGAGGUUCCCGGUGCCACAAUGACUGGAAUGAGGACCUUCAUCCGACGCAACAAUCGGACGGCGACACAAGGCACAAUGGAUUCCCAUUCUCCACAAACGAACCUCGGGAGCGAAAGCGAAAUGGACGAUCCGCAGUUGGAUCAAUGUGUGUCGGGGGCUUGUGUCACGGAGCCUGGCUUCGUGGACGAUUCGCGGGCCUUGUCGCUCGGGCAUACGGUUUCCCGCUAG